GACUCCCGUCUUUCUUCCCAUAUCUAUCCUCCAUUUCUCCACCCGUCCGACAAACUCCGGAAAAAUCCUUUCUUCAUGAAAUUAUCUUCUCUUUUCUUCCUUCUCUUCUCUAUCCUCUUAUUGUUUUUUAAUGGACUUCUGUCCAAUUCGAUUUCAAGGAUCGGCGAUGUAUCAAUCGUUUCUGAUGCUGAUGGUUCGAAGAAUCUCCCCAUUCCCGUCGGACCCCCUGCUGGCUCGAAGAAUCUCCCCGUUCCCGUCGGAGCUCCUGCAAGUGGAUCUCUCUUGUCUCGUCCCAUUAAGCAUCAUCCUUCCCUUAUUGCUUCCUCGGAUGGUACAAUUUAUUUAGUGGAUCUUAAUUCUGGGAAAGUCCACUGGUCACUCGAUUUAGGCCCUGCACUUUCUUCUUCAUAUCAGGCUUUUUCUGACCAUGGCAGUGAUGAUGAAUUUGGUAAUGGAAUUGGUGAACAAAAUGAAUCAAGACCUUAUCUGGAAAACUAUUUUAUUGAAGGUGGGGAUGAUGGGUACCUGUACGAGCACACAAAGCUCUUUGGUAAAAUGAGACUCCAGUUGACAGCUAGGGAAUAUGUUGAUCGUACACCACAUAUAUCAGCGGAUGGAAGUGUUAUCCUUGGGUCAAAGACAACAACCGUAUUCAUUGUUGAUGCCAAAAGUGGAAGAGUAAUUCGCACAUUUCAACUGACUGACAUUCAACCAGUGGUAGGGGUGCAAAGUGAUGAAGCGAAGCUAGUUUUGUUCAAGCAAGGCGUGGAAGAUUGGAUAAAAUCCAGUUUUGCAGACUCAAAGACAUUUGAGCUACUUUUCAUCAAGAGGGAAGAUUACACCCUGCAGUGUUUUCAUCCUAACUCGAGCAAGAUUUUGUGGAACACGACAGUUGCAGAAAUUAGUGCUGUUUAUUCAUGUCAGGGUUUAGGUAAAUCUUUUGAUGGGCUACCUUUCAAUUCAGAGGAUCAGCUUGCUUUGGAAUAUCAAGGUGAUUUUGAGAUGCCACUACCUUGUGACAUACCGGCCAUUGUUUACCGUAUUUGUGAUCGUGAUAUGGUCUAUUUUCGGCUUAAUAAUCUACUAGAAUCUCAUCGUGAAGGCGAAGUGCUCCCUUUACCCCCUCCUGAGACUUCAAAUCCUUCAAUCUUAGAUCCUCAUGGUGAAAAUCAAAGACUGUUCGACGAUUUUAAAAACUCACGUGAUACUGAUAAUAAUACUCUUAUGGAAAUAGAUGAUGCUCAUCACUUGAAUGUCACAAGCAUUCCUGAAGUUAUUGGUUGGAGUUAUGUACAUAUUUGUUUCAUUUGUCUUGUGGCUGCCUUGGUGGGCCAUAAUUUUGGUUAUAAAGUGACGAAUGCUUUUCUCAUUCUAGUGCAAUCUUGUUUGGUAGCAUGGCGUCAUUUGAUGGGGAAUAAAAAAGAUAAAUCCAAUAUGCAAUUGACUGAUUUGAGUAGGAAGCAAGAUGGAGUUUCCAAAAGAAAAAAGGCUCGCAGAGUGGGAACCAUUAAGAAUGGUGUCAUCGUUAACAGGCCAGAUGAACAUACAUCAAGUGAAGAUGUGAAGAAUAGUACGCUUAGAAAUGUGGAGACGAAUGAUUGGGAAUCAUCGAUGAACCUUACAAAAGCUUAUGAAGAUGGUAAAGGUCGUUGGGUUGGUAAACUUUUUGUGUCCAAUAUUGAAAUUGCUAAAGGAAGCAAUGGUACAGUUGUCUUUGAGGGAGUUUAUGGCGUUUAUGAACGUCCCAUAAAAGUUGCUGUCAAACGCCUAGUGCUUGCCCAUAAUGAUAUUGCUUUUAAAGAGAUUGAAAAUCUUAUGGCAUCUAGUGAGCAUCCAAAUAUUGUUCGGCUGUAUGGAGUGGAGCGGGAUUUGGAUUUUGUUUAUCUUUCGCUGGAGCGUUGUAGUUGCAGCCUUGAUGAUUUGAUUCAAGUAUGCUCAGAAAAUUCAUCAGGCCCGUUAUUUUGUAAAACUCUGGCUUCAAACUCUAUUAGGGAAUACAGUGUUCGGUUGGACCUGAUCCAGGGAAUCAACAAGGAUAUUGAACUGUGGAAAGCAAAUGGAUAUCCUUCAUCCCUUCUGUUAAAACUGAUGAGGGAUGUUGUUUCUGGGCUUGCACACUUACAUAAAAUGGGAAUCAUACAUCGGGAUUUAAAGCCUCAGAAUGUGUUAAUAAGUGGUGAAGAAUCUUUACGUGCAAAACUUUCUGAUAUGGGUAUAAGCAAGCGCCUUCAUGGGGACAUGUCUUCUUUUGGCCAUUAUACUGGAGGCUGUGGCAGUUCAGGGUGGCGAGCACCUGAGCAACUUCUGCAGGGGCGUCAAACGCGUGCAGUGGAUUUAUUUAGUUUAGGCUGUCUCCUUUUCUCAUGCAUUACCGGUGGUAAGCACCCAUUUGGUGAAUCUCUUGAACGUGAUGUAAACAUUGCCAAUAAUCAUGUCGACCUUUUCUUGGUGGAGCAUAUUCCAGAAGCUGUACAUCUUUUCUCCCAUUUGUUACACCCUGACCCGCAACAGAGGCCAAAGGCAAAGGAGGUAUUGCAUCACCCUUUCUUUUGGAAUUAUGAGAAACACCUUUCUUUUCUGCGGGAUGCCAGUGACAAGAUAGAGUUAGAGGAUGAGAGUGAAUCUGAUAUUCUGAAAACAAUAGAGAAUGUUGCACCGAUUGCUUUAGGUGGGAAGUGGGAUGAUAAGAUGGAAGCUGCAUUUAUUACAAACAUUGGUCGCUAUAGACGUUACAAGUAUGAUAGCACUCGUGAUCUGCUACGUGUCAUUAGAAACAAGCUUAAUCAUUAUGGAGAGCUUCCAAAUGAUGUACAGAAACUUCUUGGACCAGUUCCCGACGGAUAUUAUGGCUACUUUGCAAGUCGAUUUCCGAAGCUCUUAAUUGAAGUAUAUAAAGUUGUACAUAGAUACUGGAGGGAAGAGAAAUGCUUUGAGAGGUAUUUCAAAGGCGAUUCUCUUUAAGACUUCCUAAAUAUAUUCAAAGCUCUGAAGCUCGCCAUUGGCUUUGAAUGGAAGAUUGAAACACGGGGGAAUCUUGAAUACAAAUGUAUUUAUACUCUUAGUCUAGUGGUAUCCUUGUAACAGUCAUGUACAUGCAUUUGUAUCAUGCUCAGCCAACAGCUUUUCAUGUAACUUGCCUAUUUAAAUGAAUGCAAUAAUCUAAUUGCACUUGGGUAUGAAUUUAAAAUGAAAAUAAUCACAGCUGGAGCUGGUAACAUUCA